AGCCGUGCGGUUCCGGCUGCCCCGGCGAGGCGACCUCUGGGCCCGCGCUGCGGGCGUGGAGGACAGGUAGGCGAGCGGGCAGCCGCGGCUCCGGUAGAAGCUCGGGCUGCGGAGUCCCUUACGGCGCCCGGUGCGCCCCUCGCACCCUCGGCCUCCAGCGUUGAGGCGGGGGAGGAAGGAGAUGCCGACUCAGAGAGACAGCAGUACCAUGUCUCACCCGAUCGCAGGCGGCGGCGGCGGCAGCGGGGACCAUUCUCACCAGGUCCGGGUGAAAGCCUACUACCGCGGGGAUAUCAUGAUAACACAUUUUGAACCCUCGAUCUCCUUUGAGGGCCUUUGUAAUGAGGUUCGAGACAUGUGUUCUUUCGACACUGAACAGCUUUUCACCAUGAAAUGGAUAGAUGAAGAAGGAGACCCAUGUACAGUAUCAUCUCAGUUGGAGUUAGAAGAAGCCUUUAGGCUUUAUGAGCUAAACAAGGAUUCUGAACUCUUGAUUCAUGUAUUCCCUUGUGUACCAGAACGUCCUGGAAUGCCCUGUCCAGGAGAAGAUAAAUCCAUCUACCGCCGAGGUGCACGCCGCUGGAGAAAGCUUUACUGUGCAAAUGGCCACACUUUUCAAGCCAAGCGUUUCAACAGGCGUGCUCAUUGUGCCAUCUGCACUGACCGAAUAUGGGGGCUUGGACGUCAGGGAUAUAAGUGCAUCAACUGCAAACUCCUGGUUCAUAAGAAGUGCCACAAACUUGUAACAAUUGAAUGUGGGCGGCAUUCUUUGCCACCGGAACCAAUGAUGCCCAUGGACCAGUCAUCCAUGCACUCAGACCAUGCACAGACAGUAAUUCCAUAUAAUCCUUCAAGUCAUGAGAGUUUGGACCAAGUUGGUGAAGAAAAGGAGGCAAUGAACACCAGGGAAAGUGGCAAAGCUUCAUCCAGUUUAGGUCUUCAGGAUUUUGAUUUGCUCCGGGUAAUAGGAAGAGGAAGUUAUGCCAAAGUACUAUUGGUGCGAUUAAAAAAAACAGAUCGUAUUUAUGCAAUGAAAGUUGUGAAAAAAGAGCUUGUCAAUGAUGAUGAGGAUAUUGACUGGGUACAGACAGAGAAGCAUGUUUUUGAGCAGGCAUCUAAUCACCCUUUUCUUGUUGGGCUGCAUUCUUGCUUCCAGACAGAAAGCAGAUUGUUCUUUGUCAUAGAGUAUGUUAAUGGAGGAGAUCUAAUGUUUCAUAUGCAGCGACAAAGAAAACUUCCUGAAGAACAUGCCAGAUUUUACUCCGCAGAAAUCAGUCUAGCAUUAAAUUAUCUUCAUGAACGGGGGAUAAUUUAUAGAGAUUUGAAAUUGGACAACGUGUUGCUGGACUCUGAAGGACACAUUAAACUCACUGACUAUGGCAUGUGUAAGGAAGGAUUACGGCCAGGAGAUACAACCAGCACUUUCUGUGGUACUCCUAAUUACAUUGCUCCUGAAAUUUUAAGAGGAGAAGAUUAUGGUUUCAGCGUCGACUGGUGGGCUCUUGGAGUACUAAUGUUUGAGAUGAUGGCAGGAAGGUCUCCAUUUGAUAUUGUUGGGAGCUCCGAUAACCCUGAUCAAAACACAGAGGAUUAUCUUUUUCAAGUUAUUUUGGAAAAACAAAUUCGCAUACCACGUUCUUUGUCUGUAAAAGCUGCAAGUGUCCUGAAGAGCUUCCUCAACAAGGACCCAAAGGAACGAUUGGGUUGUCAUCCUCAAACAGGAUUUGCUGAUAUUCAGGGCCACCCAUUCUUCCGAAAUGUUGAUUGGGAUAUGAUGGAGCAAAAGCAGGUGGUACCUCCCUUUAAACCAAAUAUUUCUGGGGAGUUUGGUUUGGACAACUUUGAUUCUCAGUUUACGAAUGAACCUGUCCAGCUCACUCCAGAUGAUGAUGACAUUGUGAGGAAGAUCGAUCAGUCUGAAUUUGAAGGUUUUGAGUACAUUAAUCCUCUUUUGAUGUCUGCAGAAGAAUGUGUCUGAUCCUCCUUUCUCAACUAUGCAUUUUGCUUGUGUUGCCAUUUAGUGCAUGGAUAAACUUGUUACCAGCCUGGAUACAAAGAACCAUUUUAUAUUUUUCACCUGCAAAAAAAGCACUCAGUGUAUUUUAUUGUUGGCUGUAAGAGUCAAUUAUUACAUCUACGUUUAACUAUGGAAAAGAAAUGAAACUAGUUUGCAGACAAUCGUGUCAAAAUUUAGUUACACUGGUAAUCCAGCAACCUACUGAUGAAUAAUAAAGUUGUCUUUUUUGUUUAAAGGAAGUACUGACUAAAAAGAGUAUCUGUUGCAUUAAGGCACGUGGUGGGAUUACAUCAUAAGCCUGCCCUGAUUUUUGUCAUAUUCACGAAGUCAUUUAAGUGUUUAAUUUUGGAAUAAAAGAGUAAUGCAAAAUACAACUUGUUAUAUUACCUAUUACUUUCUGAGUUCUGUGUGUUUAAAAAUUCAGCUGUAAAUUUUAUCAUUGCCUUAGCAAAUUAAAUUAUUGAUUUUUAAGGCAACAAUUAUAAAUUGGUAAUAAAAGAUGUUGCUUGCUUAGAAUGAGGGAAUACAGAUUCUCCUUGAGGAAGAAAAUAGGCACAUUUUAUUAAGAAUCAGAUUCCAAAUCAUUAGCUGUUUUUGAAAAACUGAUUCAAGUGAUUUCUUUAGUAUGUUAAGGGGUUAGUGUCUGAGCUUGUCCCUAUAGUGGGAACUUUAACUGGAGUGUUAAUAAAUGUAGUUCAAAGAACCUAGGAUGCAGUUAAAUGGAACACUUCUCAGUAUAU